AUGGGUAAUAGCAAAAGGCAUAAGACUGAAAGCUCCCCUAACAUCGUGGAAAGUACAGAGAGCGGCACCUAUUCGGAAUCAGUCUCCUUGGAAUCUUCAUCCGACGAAAUUGUUUACGAGGUGGCAGAUCUCUCGGUAUCCAACUGGACGGAUGUAUCUAUACUUAUGGACCAGUCCAGGAUGUUUCCCUCUUCGGAAGAGUUUCUUUCAUUAUUUGUCAAUUCCAAGGUCUUAGUAAGCGGGGAUCUUAUUCUCUCCUUUUGUGGUUUUCUUGAGGUGCCCAAGGUCCUUGAAAUGAUACACAAGAAGCUCAGGGAAGCUCUUAGCUCUUUGAUUUCGACGGCAGAAAAGAACAAAAUCAAAAGUAGCGAGGUUUAUAUAUUCUAUAUGGAAAGGGCAGCCAAUCUUCCUUUGGAAAUGAUUUUGAGCCUGUACAGGAGCCUUUCCUUAGGAAGAUUCAAGUACAUGAUAUUUGUCUCGAGAGUUAAGCCGUGUGGAAAAAGAGAGGUAAAGAAUCUCAUGGAAGACUUCAAGGAGUAUAACCCAGUGGACUUGAGCCAUAUCCCUGUGCGAGGAGAAGAGAUCUUGCUACUAUCAUCCCACAUAGCUAAGAAGCAGAUUGGAAUGAACAAUAAUAUAUUCCGACUGUUUUUGAUGGACAGGAAGAUGUUUGAAUCGUUUAUAAAGCUCUUCGAAAAAGAAAUCUCCAAAAGCAUAUAG